AUGAUGCUACGAAAACUAUCAGAUCAAUGCCAAAGAGUGUUAUUCAAGCAGAAGAAGAGCAAAAGCGAGGACGCGAUGUCGGAUCACGUUUCGUUGUCGGCGUCUUCGUCGCACACAGGGGAUAUACCGGAGUGGAUCUACAAAAUGGCUGAGACCGAACGCUGCUACGAAGAAGCGAAACGUCAUGCUAGCCAAGAAUUGGAACGUUGCCGUGCUCAUAUACGGAAGGAGUUUGAGCAGCGACGAAAACAAACCGAAGAGGCGCAUCAAGCACAAGUUGAUGCUUUACGACAGAAACUCGAGAAACGUCUAAAAGAUCUGGAACAAGCACAAACAGAUCUCGCUGUGAACAAAUUUCGACGUCUUUCAAUGGACCAAUCUAUUCGAUCUCGACAGGAACGCGAGAAACGAAUGCGUGAUAUGAAUGAGAGCACAAAACAUGUGUUCAACAAGGAGAGAAAGCGUUUUUCGAUUGGCGCUGAGCAAAUGAUCGAACAGAAACAGUUGGAGCAUCGUGAGGCGAUGAAAAAAUUAGCGAUGCAAGAACAAAAAGCCCUACAGCGACUCGAAGAAAUAGUCGCCACCAUACAAACAGAAGGACCCCUGACCAGAUCCACAUCGAGGUAA